GAACGGGUCCGCUUGGCGUCAUUGCCAUAUAUAAACUCCCGCACUGUUCCUCUGUCGAAUGCAGACAACCCCACCGCAAUUAUCGAAGCUUUGAACUCUUGAUCAUGUCGUACAACCCGCCUUAUCCCCCACAAAAUCAACCCCCUUUUCCUACCCACGGUGCCCCUCAGGGUUUUCCACAACCUCCUUACCCUCAGCAGCCGGGCUAUGGCGGCCCCCCUCCUCCAGGUCAAUAUAAUCGGCCGCCUCCUGCACAUCCAGGCCAGUAUGAUCGACCUCCAGUAGCACCCCCAGGCCAGCCAGGCUAUCCUCCGCACGGACACCCCCCACCAGGCCCCGGAUACCACUCAUCACCUCCAUCUCACUCUCCAUAUGGAGCGCCCCCACAACAGUUCCCUCCCCAUGUCGGUGCAGGAUAUCCGCCAGGUCCUCAGCCGGGGCCUUAUGGCGGUGGCCCAGUAGGAGGCUACCCAUCGCAACAUUUGCAGCAGCCAUUCCACAGCGCUCCACCGGCCCAGCCAUCCCCGGGCUACAUCCCCGGCCAAAUCGCCUCUGGUGAUUUCACCCGCGAAGCCGAUGGGCUCCGUAAGGCGAUGAAGGGCUUUGGAACAGAUGAAAAGUCACUCAUCCAGAUAUUGUCGAAAGUCGAUGCACUCCAGAUGGCCGCCAUUCGCCAGACCUAUGCCAACUAUAUCCGUCGCGAUCUAUACAAGGAUGUCAAAUCUGAAACGAGUGGCUACUUCCGCGACGGCCUGCUUGCCGUCAUUGAUGGCCCGCUGAUACACGACGUGACUUCCGCACGUGAAGCGGUUAAGGGAAUCGGCACCAAGGAAUGGUUGCUUAACGAUGUCCUAGUGAGUCGGUCGAAUGCGGAUCUAAAAGCUAUUAAAGCCGCAUAUGAACGCACAUACAGCCGGUCUCUCGAGCAAGACGUCCAAAGUGAUCUGUCAUAUGAAACACAGAAUCUCUUCGGGAUGAUCCUUCGCGCAGACCGCCAUGAAGAAUCCUUCCCAAUUGACCCGCGCACCAUCGAGGAAGAAACAAAGUCCCUGCACUCUGCCACGGCUGCUCGUAUGAGGAAUAAUGCUCAGGAAGUCUGCGGGAUCUUCGCCCGGUCGUCGGACAACGAACUCCGCGCCAUUAACCAGGCAUUCAGCGCCCGCUACAAUGCCUCGCUAGAGAAGCACAUUGACAAGGAAUUCUCGGGACAUAUGAAGGAAGCUCUGCUUCAGAUGCUGCGUGGCGCAUUGGAUCCAGCCAUGCGGGACGCCGAGUUAUUGGAGGAUUGCAUGGCGGGCAUGGGCACUAAGGAUGUCAAAUUGGUGAGCCGCGUUGUCAGGGUACACUGGAAUAGAGCGCAUAAAGACCAGGUGAAACGCGCUUAUCGCCAUCGGUAUGGAAAGGAUCUGAUCGAGAGAGUUCGCGGUGAGACAAGCAGUGAUUACCAGAGACUGAUGGUUGCUCUACUGGAGUAGACCCUUUCGCUUUAUGAUUAUAUGAAUUAAUGGUAUGCUGGGUACGGCAAAGGUCAGGCAUGGGCUGGGUGGUUUUCUGUUUCUUUCGUAUGCGUCAACUUUUGAUCAUCUUCUAAGAAGUGCAACUCUUGAGUGAUACCACCAGAUGCAUGUUUUUAAUAUCUUAGGCGGCUUGCUCGGUUAUCACUAUGCUAUAACUAGCUUACUGAGGUGUCUUCGGGUUCUUCGCGAUGACAAUGUAUAAGUAUUUUUGUUAAA